AUGAUAUUUUUAACAGCUGAGUUUCUAACAGAACUACAAACAACUCAGCCCUCGAUAACGAAAGGAGCAAUGGAAACAACUAUUGAAUUGUUGGCAUCGUCGAUACAAACUACGGCAUCAUUCGCAGUGUUGUCAAGCGAAAGCAAUAUUGGAACCAUUUUGCAACAAAGCCCGGGAAUAUAUGAAAAGGCAUCGCUGUGCGAUGAGAGCAAAUGCAAACUUCCAAAUUGUCGUUGUGCUAGUGAAGAAAUUCCUGGCGGUUUACCUAUAACAGAUACUCCUCAAAUUGUAUUGUUCACAAUGGAUGAUGACGUCAACGCUUUAAAUUACGAAUUUUAUUCUCAGUUGUUUGACGGAAUGAAAAAUCCAAACGGAUGUCCGGCUACAACAACUUAUUAUGUUUCUCAAGAAUAUACAGAUUUUAAUCUUGUUCAGAAAUUAUACCAAAAAGGCCACGAAAUUGCAGAUCAUUCUGUGACACAUCGAACACCCAACACAUGGUGGAGAGAUAGUUCUUAUAACGAACUGGAAAAUGAAAUAGUUAAUCAAAAAAAAGAAAUUGAAAAGACCGGUGCCAAAGUUUAUGGUUGGAGAAAUCCUUUUUUAAGACCUGGUGAAACGACAUACAGGGUUCUUGCUGACAAUAAGUUUUUGUAUGACACUUCCUUAUCUACACAUGUCGAAUCAAAAUGGUGGCCGUAUACCUUAGAUUAUUUGGUACCAAAAUGCGCUGACGAACCUUGCCCACAAUUAUCGUAUCCUGGAUUAUGGGAGGUUCCUUUAACACCUCUGUUGGACGGUCUAAAUGGAUCUGAGUGUUCAAUGUUUGAUAGCUGCGUUGCCAGUUUAACUGAUGCUGAUAGUGUCUACACUAACUUUAAGUUCAAUUUUUUGACACAUUACAACGACAAAAAACAACCAUUUUCUUUGUUUGGGCAUUCCUCAUUCUUUUUGCAUGAAAGUUAUGUUUACAGACAAGUUGGCUUUAAAAAGUUUUUAGCGGAGAUUUCAUUAUUACCUGAUGUAUAUUUUGUCACUGUGGAGCAAGCUAUUCGUUGGACUCAAUCACCUACGCCAUUAAAUAAAUUAAACACGUUUGCGCCAUGGUCUUGUCCAAAGAGUUAACAAUGUUGUGCUUAGUUUCUGAAAAAAAGAAAGUAAUUUCACGAAAUUUGACCAUCAAUC